GUCCCAAAAUUUUAAACAAACUACACCACAAGCCCAAACCCGAUUUCAUCUCCGCUAAUGUAAUACGACAUUUCAAUUCACAAAUAAAGCAGCAAGAUUUUAGUUCUAGGGUUUUGAUUGUGGAAGAGUAACUCGUCGGAGAAACAGUAGUAGCAGCAGCCAUGGCUAGCACCAAAGUACAGAGGAUUAUGACCCAGCCUAUUAAUCUGAUCUUCAGAUUUCUUCAGAGUAAAGCUCGCAUUCAGAUAUGGCUAUUCGAACAGAAGGAUCUGAGGAUUGAAGGACGUAUUAUUGGUUUUGAUGAGUACAUGAAUUUGGUUCUAGAUGAUGCUGAGGAAGUCAAUGUGAAGAAGAAUAGCAGAAAGCAGUUAGGGAGGAUUCUUCUGAAAGGAGAUAAUAUCACAUUGAUGAUGAAUACGGGGAAAUGAUUUCUUGUCAGCUGGAUCACGGAAGAAGUUCAAAUUUUUCUGGCAAAAAUCAACUAUGGGAACAUGUCUUUGUGGACAAGGAGCAGGAUGUUAGACUCACAUCAUUGUGUUUGAACUUCCAUUUAUGUUUUGCUAUAUGUAUAUUCAGCAUGGUGUCCUUGAAUCUAAUACUGCAUUGAUGUCAUGGCUCUGACCUCUUUUUAUACAGUGAAGAGUAGCCUUUUGACCGUU